CAUACUUUUAACAAUCAAACAUGAAUUUGGAAUCAGAGGUUGACGAGCCAAAAACCAAACGAUUAAAAUCUGAAAAUUAUGGAAAGAAAUCUUGUAAGAAGGAAGAAGACAAUAUGCAAGAAAAUGCAGUUAAUGAUAUUGUUGAUGGAAGAGAAAUUUCUCUUCAAGAACAGGAGGAGCAUGAUGAAUUAAUAGAUAGUAAUAAGGAGAUACUAGCGAUUGUUGAUAGCGAUGACGAAUCAUUUACAUUUCCUCCUGACGAGGAUGUCUCAGAUAUGCUGGACGAAGUACAAUAUAGUGGUAGUUUUCCUACUGUUACUGAUCGUUAUUUUACCCCCUAUUACAAAAUGGAUGCGCAAUCACUAGGAAAUGAUACGUGUAUAUGGAUUCAUAGUAAUCGUAUUUGUAUGCUUUCCUUGGCACCUAGUCACAUCAUUUUGCAAGACAACAAAGAUAUACAGAAAGUCGAUUUUAAGGUUAGCAAUAAAUUGGAUAGAUCCCUGAACAAAGUCUCGGGUAAGAGUAAGCAUGGUGCGCAACCAUUGCAGACUAAUUCGAAUAUCUGUACUAUAUUAUGCAAGGAUGGACAAACAUAUGUUAUCAAAUGCUAUAUAGUUGGAAAGUUGGUCGAAGUUAACGAGGCAUUAUCAAAAAACCCGCAACUUCUCAAGAAACUCCCACAUAAAGGUGGAUACUUGGCUAUAAUAUUACCGAAUAUAAAAUUUUUGGAAAAUUUCAAACAAUCUGUAUCGACAUUAACUCAUGACAAAUAUAUUGAACAUAUUAAAGAAAAGGAAAAUAAACAGCAAUAACAUAUAAA